CUAAAUUCGAAUUCUAGGAAACGAUACGCAACCGACGCUUGUUGCACGCUGAGAGGUAUAUGAUCGUAGGAGAGACAGAGCAUAUCGGCUGUAGGUGUUGAAGGAUUGGAUCAGUCCGCGUCUGCUGUUUGAGGAGUUUCCUGGACUGUAAAGUUCUGCGACAACACAUUCCGCCUGCAAUGUCCAUAAUUUGAGACCUCAUAUUCAAUUUGACCCAAGAGAAAAAACACCGUAGGUAUGAUUGAUCAAAAGCGACGGCUUCAGACUCAGAUUAAGGACAAUCUAAACAGUAUCGGAGAGCGACUAAAUGGACGACCUGUUACUGUGGCUUUUAUUGGGACCGUCGGAGUGGGCAAGUCGUCCCUCAUCAACACCAUAGCAACCGCCAUGGCUACCGGAAGCUGGCAGCAACACGCCUACACGGGAGGUCACGGGGGUCAGGCUGAGCCGGUCACAGCUGUCAUCAGACGAUACCCACAAUGUUGUCGACCUGAAAGGCACAACAACACGCUGUUCCCGACCCUAAUGGACGUCCAGGGACUUCCGGAUCACAUAGACGCCACCUGGCGGAAGGUCCUGUCUCUUCUGUUCUAUGGGCGUAUUCCCGAGCAGGAAAACCUCCUGGACGUGGUGGCCUACUUGGAGGCCAGGGAUGAGUUCCGGCGUCCUAAGUACUGUCGGGGUCGCGAUGACCUGAAGGUGGACCGGGUUGUCGUCGUUGCCUCGGCACAAGAGGACUUACCCAUGGACCUGCUGGAAGCUCUCGUCGAGGUGGCCAGGCCUAUCAGGGGACGCAGUCGAAGAGGCAUUCCCAUAUUUGGGGUCAUGACGAAGUGUGAUCUCGUCGACCCGGAAGUAGACGUCGAUUAUCAGCACAGAGAGAGGAGGUUCAAAGACGUCUUGGGUCUACAGGGUACACCACGUUUCCUCCGCUGCAUCAACUACUGCAGCGACAUCGACCCCGACAACAACAUGAUCUUCACCAGCUAUCCGUACAUCGACGUCCCAGUGCUGCGUCUGAUGACCCAGAUCUGCGACCCAGCCAUAGAAGUGGUGCACCAACACGAACCAUACCCCUACUGGCACUUUCUCAGAGAAAAGAGUUUAUGGAUCAUAGUGACAAUUUUUGUGAUCUUUCUGGCGUUCAUAUGUAUUUUGUCCCCAAACCGUCCCCGAUACUGAUUUUCUGUACGCUGUAGACUCAGUGAAAUGAAUUUAAAAAAGCGUCCAUAUGGAUAUUGCUCAUGCUAGGCUGCAUAACAAAACCAAAGUUUCCCGAAUGGUGUAAGACCUUUUAUAUUAUUAUUCAUUUUUAAAACAAAAGGUUUUUGGAAGCCCACUUUCAAUUUUCCCCCGCCAGAAAUACGAAGAAACACAACGGGACACAACUGAAAGUAGGCUCUAUGAUACAAUGUCAUUUGUCAAGGAUGGACACCAGAGUCUGUUCCCUAUCUCAUUAUUACCUGGCAUGCGGUAGUGUAACGUCCACGCAGUAUUAUCAGAGGGAACACUGGACACUGAUUGGAUGUUGAGGGACUCCCAUCUACACAUGCACCUCUGUAGCAUUCAAUACACCAGGACAGUAUCAUGUAAAGUAAAUAUCCCAUCCUCUGUCUCUCCCUCUCUCGUAUCGAGAGCGUCUGUAUGAUAACAUUUUUUCUGGAAUAAAAAUGUAAGAAAUAUA